AUGAUGAGUUUGACUAGGGUUAGGGGGCGGGGGGGUAGCAAGCAAGUGUUUCGAGUGAAACGACUGCUCAGGAUGUCAUUCUUUCUUAUUGCAACUGCAUGUAAGUUGCAUCUUUAACUGCAACAAUCUUCUUUGCAUUUAUUUCCUCAUUCUGUGGUUCCAAUAUAAGGAUUUCAUAUAUUCAUAACUUCAUCCAGUUCAUCUUUCCCGAAAAUUUGUAAGUGGCCUGCUCCCUAUUGGCUUGGUAGCUCCGUUGGUUAGAACAGACUGCAUCAGUAUUGCAGAGGCCAGGGUUUGUAUCCCAGCAAACCUAAAGUUAUCCAUACUUUGAGUUCUCUAACUGCAAUGAUCUUCUUUGCAUUAUUUUAUAAUGACUAAUAAUACCAGUUGCCUUUUUAUAAUUGCACAAUUGUUACUUUUGGAGAGCGGUUACUUUUAUGGUGAUGCUCCAUGCUAGUUUUACAUUUACAAUUUUAGACAAUCAGAGUUACAAAUGGCUCUUUCCAGAGUAUCUCUUUUAAUCUAACAAUUGUACUGGAGUAUAAUGGUUUCUUAAAUAGGUGUACCCAAGCCAUAGAUCAAAGGAUCUUUAAACUGGGAUGCCUUUGUCCUGCUGUAAGUAUUCAUUUAUUCUCUUCCCCUGCCCACCCUCCCCACAGUACAUGGUAUUAGCCUGAACCAGAUUAAGGAUGAAUCAAUUGACACAAUUGAGUCAAGGGCUGCAGGUUACCUCUCCAUUAAUCGAAAAAUAUAUAUUGCAACAAAGGUUAAUGGUAAAGUCAUUUUUCCAACUGAAAAAAUUACCAUUUACAUUUACUCUUGGUUCCAGUUUCACGUAUUGCGCAUUUUUGGAUUCAAAGCAUACAUUAUAUUUAUCUGGAAAAAGCAAUUUUGUAGAAACCUCGUAAAUCGAUCAUCAUUUUGCCAAUGCACAAACCAUUUGGGUUUUUCUGUGAAAUGGUUAACAUCCACAUCACUACAGAUCACUGAAUUGCUUAAAGCUGCCAUCUAGGGGAGUCUUGGGGCGUGGCAAACAGAAAAUUGUUCUUAGAAGCUGUGGAUGUCGUCUGUCUCUUUGCAUCACCCCUAACGGGUGGCUAGGCGAGAGAGAACGUCCGAAUCCCGAGCGUUAUAAUGCUGACCCGUGACGUCACCUACUUUUACAAUAAUAAUAUAAUACAAUAAUACAAGAAUUUAUAUAGCGUCAUUUCGGUGAGCUCAAUGGCACUUUACAACUAGAAAUACGUAAAUCGCAGGACCUCGCGAAGGACUUCGUGGGAACGGCAAGUAAAGCCGAGAAGAAAAUUCGCAAAUCUGAAAAUUGUAAGCUAUAUAUAGAAACAAAACAAAACUGUUCUACCUAAAAUGAAAACUAAAUAACAAGAAAAAGAAAAAAAGAAAAGAAGCGAAGAGAAGAAGUUUAUGCCUGGAAUUGAACCCGGGACCUUCGACGCACCGGGCCAAUGCUUUACCCCCGUUUCGACAGUGAAAAUCCAACGUAAAUGCAUUGCAUUGCAUUUACAUGUAAAGAAUGGAAGCCCAUCAGUCUAGGCCGAUACGGUAAAAACUCGUCUGCGAGCAAAACGUGUUUUGUUGCCGCGAUGUUCGCUCAUAUGUUAAGGCUUAUUAUCCAAAAUCGCUUCCAUUUGCUCUUAAAGUACUUUAGCAUUCGAAAUUCAUUGAGUGAUGUUCCGUCUGCUCCGUUGUGUGUUGAUGCCGUCUCCAUCUUUGCUGCUUGCGCCGUUGAAUUUCAAAUCGGCGUUCUCGCUCCAGAGGAUUUUUCGGUGUCAAAUCUUCCCCUGCGAGGAUUGACAAUUCGGCGUUCUCGUGUUUGCUGUUCUGUUUGCAUGAGAAAUGGCUUGAGAUUCAUCGAUAGUAAACAUUGUUUUGCAGACGAUGAAAAGACAGCUCUUCAUGAAUACUUUGGUCAUUGAUGGGAAGUCGAAAUCGCUUUCAGUCGAAUGUUGCCUAGAAACAAACAUGCGCCGUGACGUCAACUAGCGUAUGACGUCAUGGCGGACACCAUCGGAUAUAUAACAACAGUCCUAUUCAGGACUACGUUCACCAGGACGAUCAAACUCAACCUACUUCUGGUAAUUACUGUUCGCCGAUCUUCCCCUCUGCCCAUCACUUUUGAAAUGUGAUCAAAAUUGAGAGGAUUUAACGCUUGUUCUUUUUAGCUUGCCAUUAUUGUACUUUUGGCAUGCCUUAAACGAAGAAAACAUUUCAAACUUGAAUGCUGCAAUGGAUAUCCUGGUCUCUUGACGUAAGUUUUUUAUCAAGGUAUUGAGAGAUUAUUACAUAAACUAUUAUAUCGCUUAUGUGUAUGUUGGCUACUCAACAAAGUUUUAAGGGUCCAAUCCCUUACCCUCUGACAAAAAAUGUACCCCUCCAUAAACUUCCAUUGAAAAAUGAUGCUCCUUUAACAUACCUAACUCAAUACGAAAAAGAACAAUAAGAACUCGUAGAAACCAUGAUUUUAAGCUAAGGCUGCAGGCCUUUCGUACUAAUUAUUUUAAGGAUUCCUUUUUUAAUCGUUAUGUCAGUGAAUGGAACUCUUUCCUGUCUAAUGUUAUCUGUGAAUCUAGGCAAGUCUCCCUUUUAAUUUAUUUGCGCUCAAGUAAAGUUGUAUUUUAAUAAAAACAAUCAAUUUUAUUUUAUGUUAUUGUUAUUAUUAAACAUUAUUAUUAUUAUUAUUAUUAUUAUUAUUAUUAUUAUUAUUAUUAUUGUCUUGAAAAUGGCUUGGCCUUUUUAUCUUUGUAAUGUUAUAUCCUAAGGAUUUUUUUUAAUGUGUUGUGCAUGUACAAGGUAGUUAGCAUUAUGAAAGGAAACAAGCCCUAGAAUGGGAGUGUAGUUUCCCCUUCCUGUUAUAUCCUGCCAUCUUUCCCCUCCUUUUUUAUUUUUCUCAUUGUAUGGAUGGUAAGCACUUUUAAACUUAAACUUUAACUUAAGAGUAGAAAGUCUUGUCAUUUUCGUGUGAUGUUUAAUAAUUUAAAAUGAUAUAGCCAUAAUGCACAUCUUUUCAAAACAUUUAAUCAAAGGCCCGUUAUUAAAAUACUUAAAAUAAAUUUUCCCACCCUUUCACAGUGCUUUUAUAUACUUCACCUUGUGAAUGCCCUUUUAACGUACCCCUUUCGGGCGAAACCUUUAGCUCCGGGCCGUAUAGGCAAUUAUUGAAAGUGCCCCACCCGGGCGUAAAUUUUGUUUUCAUUAUACGGUCAUCUUUUGAGUCUUUAAUACAAAAGAAUGAAGCCGGGAAAAGUAAUGUAAGCAGAAUUACAUUGUAUUAUUCAUUCAAAAUAUUUGAAAUUACUUUCCAAAAAGAUUCAUUAAAAUUGAUUUUGUUUUCCUCUUCAGGCCAGUCAACUUCCUACGCGGUAGACACAACCGAUUCACCAUUGCUGCUACCUUUGGAGCUACAGCCUCUACUUGCAUGGAACUUUUCUUCAGUGGGAAGAGUGGGAUAUUUAUCGAAGGAGGUCCUCCAUGGGUGAAGGGUAAGUACGGGACCUCACUGCCGGACCCAUAAAUCCGCAAUACCUACGUACGGCGGAUCAUUUUACGUUUCAGGGAAACUGCCCAUCUACCCCUCCCCUAAACCAACUUUAACACUUAGUUCUUACUUAGAGCAAAAUGUUGGCUUAGGGGAGGCAGUUGCACGGAAACGUAAAAUGAUCCCGUACGGCUAGAUAUAUAACAAUUAUUCCCCGAAGUGGAGGUACGUGGCGAGGUAAAUAUCCACCACUGGGCACCGACACUGAGGUGAAUAAUUGUUUUAGUAUAUACUAAAACAGUGAGAUAAUUGAGCACAAAAAUGAUCAUUUUUAACUCAUUUACUGUUGCCUGCAACGAUUACAAUUUUGGCGCGCAAUGACCGAACUGCCGCGGUCGUCCCUUUUUCUUGCCGACAAAUAAACCUUUUGAAGGCAUUUGUUUAGCUGUUGCGGGGAAAUUUCCUCAAAAGGAGUUGUGAAUUCUUCUUGUAUUUAAAAUCAUUCCCUAAAAAAGAUUAUUAAAUUUAGUUUUAAGCUUAUUUAUGAAGAAGUCAACUAAAUAAAGUAACGCAAGACUUAACCUUAAUUUGCAUUUGUAAACAAAAAACUUUAUCGCCGGUUUUAUCGAUAAAUUCAAGUCAAAAAGACAAAGCUUUACCUGUUAAAACUUCCAUCCGGAACUUCGUCACCUUCUUCGUGUAUUUCGGGAACAUCUUGCUUGAUUAGUUGUGAAAUUUCUUUGUUUGUUACGGCAGCAAACUGGGAAGGCAUUUUGCUCGAAACUUACGCGAGUUUGGUGUCGCUCGCUCGGAGGAACUGGAAGCGAAUCAGUGAAUAGUGCAGGAUAUUCACUGAUUGAGUAGCCAAUCAGAGCGCGCGAAAAACACUAUCCACUGUUUUAGUAUAUACUAAAGUUAAUUAUGCAUCUGUCAAUUCAACCCCGAUCCCUCGACCACCGGGGCAUAGCGGGAGAUAGCGGGGAUUUAACGCGGCCAAUGCCGGGAUUUAAUACACAAUUAACAACGUAACGGCCCCUAAGGCAAUGAUGGAAUCAACAAAAUACGAGAAGUCUUUAGAAUCUCUUUCGUUGUAUUUUUAUUUUACCCGGAGCACCUUGAAUUUCCUUGCUUAUGCUAGCGCUAUUUCAGGAAAGAGAAAUAAUUACCUAUCGGUGAGAAGCGUGAUUGUUAUAGGUUGUAAACGCGUUGUGUAGUCGCAGAAAACGAUAUUAUCGUGAUAGGCGAAAAAAGUUGAUCCUGUGGCACACAGUCCUGCAAGAAUUCACUGGCUUAUACAAAUUUUGGCGAAAACUCGUUGACGAGAAGUUCAACUGUUGAUGUUUUGUCAUUUUCAAGGCAAAUAUGGAUCGAUCAACUUGUUCAUAUGAGCCUGGUCGUCCAGGAUGAAAUCGUUAACGUAUCUCCUGCUAUUACUAAUUUGAACAAAAUAUAUUGACAGUAAAAUCCAAUCAUAACCCGCAGUGAUGAUGAACUCCCUUACGCCCCAAAGUCGGAAUGCGCAUGCGUAACCUGAAAAUCGUCUUGGUAUAUGAAGCUGAAUAGUUCUUAUUGAAAAAUGUCCAGGCCCAAAGAUUUCGAUGGAUUAUGUUCCCUAUCAAAAGACUUUUUUUUUCACGAUUCUUGGUACAAGAAUCGAUGAGAAAAAUGUGACAAAAAGAGGGUGUCCACCUUCGUUCCAGAAAAUUCCUUUGAAUACCUUUGUUUUCACUUAGUUAUAUGUGCUGUUCGAAUGAUCGUUAUAGCCAAUUACAGUUGAAUAAUGGCUCGGUAAGUUCCAAGCGUGACUGUCCAGCCUCUUGUCAUUUUUUUUUUUUUGGAAAAUUAAGCUGCAAAUGCCCUACCGUGGGGCCAGGCGGCUCAUACAAAAGCCUCACAGCGGGGCUUAAAAAAGGUUGCAAAUGCCCUACCCCGGGACAGCACCAAAAUUGCCUUUUCCAGUAAAUAAGCUGCAAAUGCCAUAUGAAUAGGAAAUCUGUAAUAAUCUGAUCAAAACGCGUAAGCGGUACCCUUCGCAACGCCUCUAGCCGCCAGUUAUAAUUAUUGCAAAAAAGGUCACAUCGAUCUGAUUUAUGUAAACGACAGAACUAAGCUAGAAUUUAAUCAAUACCUCUCUUAUUAUUUUUGAAGGUAUUUAAGAUAGUGGAUGAUAAACAAAGAACCGACUGUCUUUUAAUAUAAGUAUUUUCCGGCAUCACGAUAGAACCGUUCCGUCAACGUAUUGAUCUGAUCGUCGCAUUGAUCAAACAGAACACGAAGUUUAUAAUAACUUUCAAAUACCUCGUUUUCCAGACCUUUCUGCCUCAACCAUUCGCUCACAAAGAAAGUGUCUUUUCCAUUAAACUCUUGGAACGUUGCAUUAGUAGUUUUUCCUGUGCCAACUGAUCAUGAUGACAGGAAGCAAUUUCUUAGACGGAUGCAUAAAAAGAAUACUGUAGGGUAGGGUGAUAAUGGAGCGAAAAACCACACGUAUCUUUUUUCUUUAUAGAAUUUCUAUAGCUAUACAAAAAGGCAUAUUUUUAGGUGAAAUAUUGAACAAGGAACGAUGUUAACCGCUUCUAGAAGACCCUACCGCCGGGUGGCAAAUGCCUGACAAAUGCCCGGGGACACUUGGAAUUGACUGAGCUAUGAUUUGUCUGUACGGGCUCUUUUUCAUAUGGCCGCGGCUUGUUAUGUGCAGUGAUCUGAGCGACUCACAGUUCAAAGCCACCGAAUCUCCUUGACCCUUAGCUUCAUGAGAGUUUACUUUCUUCUUCUGUCAAAGGAAAAUAAUAUAGAUGAGGUGUGCUUUCGGAUACGGAGCCAUUCGCCUAGUGAACCGGGCCAUAAAAGAGGCUUUAGGGUGAUAUGAUCAAUCAAAAUACUGACCUUUUUAUGUUGUGUACAGUUUUUCAGGCCAUAAUUACCAUCCUUGUGUAUGGAAUUUUGUUCUACCCACUGUUUGCUUGUAUGACAACCGACCACAGGCUAGUUGGGUCACUUGUGGGAUUUCUUUACGUUUCUGUAUGGUAAGUCAUAAAUUUAAAUAAACACAUCUUAAGAUGACGUGGGGGAUCUGGUACUGUCAUGUUUCCAUUCAAAGAAUUCGUUCAGAACAGGGAGCUGGGAUGUUAACAAAAUGGAGAACGAGGAACGGGGAACGGGGAACGGGGAACGGGGAACGGGGAACGGGGAACGGGGAACGGGGAACGGGGAACGGGGAACAAACACGGAGAACGUGAAAAUGAAAAAUGCGAGGACAAAACUUUCAUCCUAACCCUAUGAGUAACUUUAUUUCCAGCUCUCUGUUUUGUUCCCACUUUUUGUUUUUCCAUUCCCCGUGCUCGAUUUCCGCUCCCCAUUCCCCGCACAGGGGGUUAAAACUCUGUUGACAGCUCCACCAUCUUAGUGGAAGCGCUUGUGUAGUUUAUCUUAGCCUGCGUAACUGGUGAAAUUGUUUUUGCGCGCGUUAGUCUUGGCGGCGAAUCCGCCAUUCUCCGCACGGUUUAAUGGUCACAGCUCCUCUUCCAAAUCGUCCUCGCGCGAACGAUCCCGCCGACUACGCAGGCAAAGUUUAUCUAAGCUUAAACGCUCUGACCUAGUUACCCGUUAGCUAGAUUAGUUUUUCUGCACCCGCAUCCGUCCUAUCACGGAGUGUGCGAGUCCUGUCUUUCACGACGUACGGUCUUUCCGCGUAUCUCUCCAAUGAACUUGGGGGAGUACAAAAACAGACUAUGCGCAUUAUUUUUCCCUGUCCGCUCAUACAAUGAGUCCUUUGUUCAAUCAGGCCUAUUUCAACUUUCAAACCGACGCCAGGAACUUGUAGACAUACUAUUUAAGGAAGUCUUACAGAACGAACCGGAUAAGCUCCACGGCCUUCUCCUUGCUCUUACAGUAAAAAAAAAGCACACGGAAAUUUAGGCCCGUUUUCAAGACCAAUAGAUUUCGUAACCCAUUACUUUCAAUUCUCUCAAGUUUUAAACAGUGUUUGUAUAUUUUUACAAUUUGCGAUUGCCUUUUAUUGAAUUUUAUAUGUUUCUAUUUUUUACCAAAUCUUAAGUUUAUUGUAGUGCACUUAUAUAGUGUUUACUAUAAUCUGUUUUUUACAUAUUUCUAUAUAAAUUAGCUUCAAAUUAGUCGCAGUAUUUUUAAGUAAUUAUAUUCAAAUGUAAAUAUUCGCCUAAUUCAACUUAUGGUUGCAAUGUGAAUAUUAAUAAACUUUCAAUCAAUCAAUCUAUCUAUCUUGGUAGAACAGUAACCCAUUUUCGUGUUGAUCAAGGACAUAGUAAGCUUGAGCAUCUUUCUGUGUUCAAAUAUAAUCGUAUCAGCUCUUUCUGUCAUCAGAAGGUGCAAGUCAGCAUGGCGGUCAUGAAUUUUGCUGCUCCGUGUUCCGUAGUUCUUUUCGCUCUAUUUAUACGUCUCAGCCUGCUACAGUCCCAUGAAACAAACCUCAGAUGCAUUUAUAGUCAUACCAACUUGACUUCCAGCGUCGGAACUACAUCUCACUGGGUAAAACUAGCAGUUUUCUGGCAGAAGAGACUCACGAAACACUCCGCCAUCUUGAAAUCUUCGUGUCCAUCUGGCGCCGUCUUCCUCAAUCUUUUGUUAUUGUGUGGAGAUGUUUCGCUCAAUCCUGGCCCUGGUGUAAAGCAUCCAUGUGGAGUGUGUGUUAAGCCUGUCAGAUCUAACCAAAAGGCUGUUCAAUGUGAUUAUUGCGAUCGUUGGCACCACGCACGAUGUUGUAAUAUUAACAAUGCUGUUUACGACGCCCUAGCUAACAGCUCUUGCAUGUGGAUCUGCUGCGAUUGUGACCUUUCCAGUUUCUCCAGCUCUCUCUUUGAUUCCAGUAGUGAGACCCUGACCAGCAACGUUUUUUCGCCCCUUGACGAUACUACAUCAACAACCCGAUUUUCAUCAUUCAACGCAACAACAAACGACGGCCAGCCCUUCGCUUUAUCAACUCCUUGUAAGCCACCGCCAACUUCGCGAAGAGAUGGAAAGGGCUCUAUUCCAACUCAAUCACUAAAGAAUAGAAAGGCGUCACAAUGUACCUCCACAGUACGAGUGAUGUCGUUAAAUUGUUGCAGCUUGAGGAGUCUUUCGAAGCGGCUAGAUUUCCAACUCAUGGUUGCCACAUACAAGCCAGAUAUUAUAAAUGCUAGUGAGACCCAUAUUGAUAAUUUGAUUCUCUCAUCGGAAAUCCUUGGUGGAAAUUACACGAUUUUCCGAAAAGACCGAAAUCUUAAUGGUGGUGGUGUAUUAACAGCUGUUUCCAACAAAAUUAUAGCGACCCACGAAAGUAAUCUGGACUCAAACUGCGAGGCGGUUUGGAUGAAAGUACAUGUUAUAGGAAAUAAACCACUCUACAUUGGAUCCAUUUAUAGAGCACCAAAUUGCGCUGUCGAACCCUUGGAGUGUCUGGAUCAGACUUUGUCCAGACUCACAGCGAAAUCUCUCCCAGAUAUAGUACUGACCGGUGACUUUAAUUUGCCAGAUCUCGUCUGGGACGAAGAAGAUGGUUACUCGCUAAAACCUAGCCCCGCCUAUGGUACAGAAGUAAACACCAAGCUGCUUGAUAUUAUAAACGACCACUCUAUGUUUCAGCACGUGAAACAACCUACACGCAAAGGAAACAUUCUUGAUUUAGUACUCACAACCAACCCAAACCUAGUAAAGAAUGUCCAGGUGGUUAAUGGCAUGAGCGAUCACGAUGCAGUUCUUGUGGAUAUUACUCUGAAACCGUCAAUUAACAGAAAACAACCGAGGAAAGUUUUCCUGUUUAAAAAGGGUGACAUAGAAUCGGCUAGAAAUGAUUUGAAAAUACGCCUAGAUAGUUACCUUACUAACAACCCACUAGAUAAAUCAGUCGAUGAAAAGUACAACUUCUUUACAGAAACAGUUCUUGAGGUGAUGAAAGAGCACUUUCCCGAAAAGAAACUGGGAUCACGCUGGAAUGUACCGUGGAUGAAUAGCUCAAUCAAGAGUAUGAUACGUAAGAAACAGAAACUUUAUAACAGAGCACGCAAAUCAAAUAGCCAAGCUGAUUGGAAGAAGUUUAAAGAUCUACGCAAAGUAACUAAGAAAAGGUUGACUCUCGCACAUGAUAAGUACUUGUUGGACCUCCUAAAGACCGAUGACAUGGACUUUGAAACUCGUAAACCUACGAUGACCAAACGAUUUUGGACCUACAUAAGAUCAAAAAGGCAAGACAAUGUUCGUGUCGCCCCCUUGGAGAUCAACGAUGAUGUCGUAUACGACAGUCGAGAGAAAGCCAAUUUACUAAGUAAUUAUUUCAAGUCUGUCUUCACCAAAGAAGACCUGCAAAACCCAGCCCGUACGCUGACAUACCACCGAUCCACUUUAGCACGGCGGGGAUAACGAAACUUCUUCAGAAGGAGGACGGCAAAAAAGCUAAUGGACCUGAUGGAAUCCCUUGCUACAUAUUAAAGGAUGCUGCUGCUGAAUUAGCUCCUUUUCUACAGUUUCUGUUCACGCAAUCGCUCCAUACAGGCUCGGUUCCCCAGGCCUGGCUCAAAGCGACUGUUGUACCCGUACACAAGAAAGGUAACAGAAGUCAAGUGGACAAUUAUCGACCGAUCUCUCUUACGUCGGUGCCUUGUAAAAUUAUGGAACAUAUUAUCUUUCACGAAAUGAUGUCCCACCUUGAUUCAAAUCAAGUGCUAGUUAACUAUCAACAUGGCUUUCGCAAAAAACUGUCAUGUGAAACUCAGUUAAUUUGUACAGUAGAAGAAAUAGCUCGCUCCCUUGACAAAGGUGAGGAAACUGACUUAAUAAUCAUGGACUUUUCGAAAGCUUUCGAUUCGGUUCCGCACCAGCGCCUCCUAAUGAAACUGCGCUACUAUGGCAUACGUGGUAUUCUUAACACCUGGCUAACACAAUAGCUUACGCGUCGAAGCCAGUCAGUUGUCGUUGAUGGGUACAACUCGCCGGACGUGCCAGUUCUAUCAGGGGUCCCGCAGGGGACAGUUCUAGGUCCCCUCUUGUUUCUCUUAUACAUUAACGACCUAGGAGAGAAUUGUACCUCUAGGAUGCGUCUUUUCGCUGAUGAUACUUUGAUUUACAGCACUAUUGAGUCUUGUAAUGAUGCCGCCAAACUGAAGUCAGAUCUAACAGCACUCCAAGAAUGGGCCCAGAAAUGGCAAAUGAAAUUUAACCCCAGCAAAUGCCACGUCUUAAGAAUAUCGAGGAAGCAAAAUCCUGUUGAGUCUAACUAUGUUCUUAUGGGAAAGGGUUUAGAUUCGGUCACCCACCACCCCUAUCCAGGCGUAGAAUUGUCCAGAAACCUCGGUUGGGGCCAGCAUGUAAAUAACAAAGUCAUGAAGGCUAAUCUAUCACUCGGAUUUCUUCGGCGAAACCUGAGCAGCACAGUUGUCACGAGGGAGUGAAAGAGGCAGCCUACAAAGCCAUUGUGAGGGCUCAAGUGGAAUACGCAAGCUCAGUUUGGGACCCACACUUAAAAAAACACGUCAAACAAAUAGAGGGAGUACAAAGAAGAGCCGCACGCUUCCUUAAAAACUGUUACACGCGGGAACCAGGAACAGUUACAAACUUACAAACUUCUUGAACGAAUUAAACUGGAUACCCCUGAAGGAACGAAGAACAAUCUCGCGGUUAACCUUGUUCCACAAAGCAAUUCAUGGUGAUGGCGGCCUGGCCUUCCUAGACUAUGUUACGAAGCGCAGAAGACAUUUAAGGAACUCUAGCCAAAACAAGUUUAUUGAACUGCUGCCAAAUACUGAGACUUAUAAGAAUAGUUAUUUUUGUAGAACUGUCAAGGACUGGAAUACGUUGCCAAGUAAAAUUGUUAACAUCAAGUCCGUAGAUCGUUUCAAAAAAGUCUUAUUUGAGUAUUUUAGUCAAUGAUGAAUUUUAGUACUGCAUAAUGAUUGAUGCUGUGAAAUUAAUUAUUUCAAUUAUUAUUAUUAUUAUUUUAUCCAUUUUAUCUUUUAUAGAAUUUUUUUUUUUAACGUCAUUACUUUUAAUUUUAUUCAUUUUAUUUAGGCGUCUUGCGUGAUGGUAACCCCGUUGCAGGACUAUAAAUUUUUGAAUAAAGGUUGAAUAAAGGUGCUGUUCAGGAUUUUCUUUGAUGCUGAUUUUCAAAUGUUAGCCUCGUAGAAAGUUGGUAGACUACCGCCUCCCUCGGUUAUCGGCCUAUCUACCUGCAAGCAACCAAAAAAAUACAUCCGGCCCGGAUAUUACCCCUCCCCCCUAGCUUGUAUUGAAAUGAAUUCGAUUAUUACGACGUUUUGAAGUUUAAGAGAGCCAGCACUGCUAUGUCGCUUGUUUUGAAACGCCUUUUUUAGUACCGUUGUAAACGCCCUCCCCUCCCACUUAUAACCCGUUCUAAAACCCCGUACGAAAAUGUAUAUACCCAGGGAUUCUAAGGGGAGUUUGAUAGUAUUUGUAUAAAUUAUCGUGUGAUCAUCAAAUUCACACUUUUUGAUCGGCUAAUUUUCCUAUCAGUUUGUUGACAAUGAGUUUUUUCCUUUAUAAAGGUUUUCCUUUGGAGUUGCAAUAGAUUUCCAGUGCAUCAACAGCUUUGGAGUAAGGAGUGAUUAUUUUUAAUGUUAGUUACAACAGCCUUUGAUCUUAAUACCGUUUACCCAUCGUCAUAAAUAAAUAAGCUAUUCAAUUGCCUUACAGAGUAUUUCCAGUGUGUUGAUGACAGUUCAAAUUAUCUUCGGUCUUCCAACCUACAUCUGCCUCAUCUUUAUUGUGAUAAGGUUCGCAGUUCUGCUGUGCUUGGAAGUCCAAAGGAAAUGGUUCCAUUUCUCAAGGGAGCGUAAUAAGGUAGACAACUGACGUUAAUGAUUAAUUUUUUGGGGCUACAAGGGGAGCCCGCAAUCCUAAUCUCCAGGUUGCUAUUACGCAUUUAUUUCACGAAAAGGGCCAGCCCAGAGCCGCCAUUUUUAUAUAGAGAUUAGACGCUAUGCGCAUGAGCAGUGUAUUACCCGCUAUACUGUUUCUCGCUUGUUUAAUUCGGCAGGCCGAUCGGCAAGCGUGAUUACUGGAAAAAUUUCCGCCCGGGAUCUCGGCAUCUCGGGAUCUCAAUACUGGGAUCCCAGCUAACCGGGCUGGCUCGGUUGUCAUAAUAUAAUCGCAAAGUUGAUUUCUGUUUCUUUUAACUAAGAUGCCGUGAUCCGGCUGCAAUGCGAGCAAGACCGGCCAGAUUUUACGGAACGCCCUCCCCCUUGACCUAACCGAUUUGUGAAAGCCCCCCCAACACACACACAAAAUUUCGCCCCCCCGCCACCCCCACCUCAACAUCUUCAUGCCCCCUUCUCUAUAUUAAAUGAACUUUCCCUUAUCCACGUUCUUUCCAUACAAAUAUUACCAAAAACAACCGAAAAACAAUUCUAAAAAAAAAUUCAGAAAGUCUAACAACGUUUGUAUAAAGUACUAGUAUGUUUUCGACUAUUGAUGACAUCUUUCACAACUACCACUUCAUUUCAACAGACUGCGACUACACUGUCACUUCAUAACCAAAUUAGCACUCCCACAGCUACCUCACUGAAACAUCUAAAAUCACUUUUACCUUCCAAGAAAAUAUUUUUUGUUACUUCGUAUUAAAUUCUACGAGAAACCAGUUUCACUGAUUAACAAAGUACAGCCAUUAUCUUAUCAAUCCACGUCCAACUUAAAUCCACCCCUUCCACUCCACACAUCUCAACUAAAACCUAAAAUAUACAACGCUACUGCACUACUCACAAAAAACUUCACGCACGCCUGGUAUAUCCUAGGCUAACAGAAUGCUCGGUCUGAUUAAGAGAACUUGUAAAGGUCUGGAUGACCCUAAGACCCUGCGUACUCUUUACUGCUCAUUGGUCCGCUCAAAUUGGGAAUAUUGUUCAGUGGUGUGGUCCCCAUAUACAAAGAGAAAUACUGAUAAGCUGGAAAGAGUACAGAACUGGAAAGAGUACAGAGAAGAGCGACCAAACUUAUCUUAAAAAGAAGUUAAACCUCAUGUCACUGGAGAAGAGAAGAUCACUGGCUGACGUGACUUUCUUAUAUAAAGUAGUUAAUGGCAACAUAUAUUGAUAUUGACAUCAGUAAAAUUAUAGAUUUCCACUCAGAAGCUGACCGCUUCUCACUUAGGGCUAAGGACUCUUUAACUUUAAAGAAGAAAUAUGCCAGAACUAAUGUCUUGAAGUAUAGUUUUUUCCAUAGAAUUACUGACCAGUGGAAUCAACUACCGUUAGACAUUCGUGUUUCUGAUAAUGUAAAUAUUUUUAAGUCUAGAGUUAGGAAAUUUUUCAGUGAUUUUUAAGUAGCUUUUAUAUUUCUGUAUUUUCUGAAACUAUUAUUUUAUUGUGUUUAUAUAUAUUUUUAGGUGAUUCGUUUUUAUUUGUGGUCUAGGACUCCUUUACAGUCCAUCCUUUGGUUUUUUAAUCCAUAGAUUGUAAUAAAUAAAUAAAUAUCGACGCCCAAAUAUACGCUCCACAGCUUCUUGUUUAAGAAAAGUGAAUCUAUAGCAUGAGGAUCGACUCGUGUGACCAGCAUUUGCGUUUUCAUUCAUGUACAGCAUACCUAGUUUUGCUCGAAAAAUAGUCUUUAUGUAUGAUGAAAAGAGUAGAUUCUUCUACGGUUACACUGAAUCAUUCAAAAUUUCUCAUACAUUAAACGUACCUAUGUUAUUUUUUAGGGAACUGAAGGAAUAGCAGGGGAGCCGGAAAUAGUGCACGUGCGGAAAUUAUUUAAUCCCGUGCCAAGCAUGUAAGCAUUUUGAAAGCCACUGAUUGACACGAGUAAUGUGUAUGAAAAUUUGCUCAAGAACAUUUAUUUUAGCCCAAAUGUUAUCUUGAGGAUAUUCUUGCGUAUCCUUCUACAAACUCACUUUUUUAAUAAAAAUACUUUUUACAUAACAACAUUGAAUUUUCCAUGUGCCAGGCCUUUAUCAAGUGCAUUUGUCACAUAACAUUCGACCAUGACUCUCAUUAUCUCAUGGGUAAAUGAGAUAAUGAUAUAUUUCGAUAAAUGUUGUUGUUGUUGUUUUGAAGUCUAGUUAAUUAAUUUUCUUUUCAAGGAGUUCGGAAGAGGUGAAAUGGUACAUGAAGGCGAUUUACUUUUUCUACAAACCAAGGACAGGUGUGUGAGACCGUCUUUUUGAAAAAACCAGUAGGAUUGUUUUAAGUAAGUAAGUAAGUGAGAACUUUAUUAUACAUGUACUGAGUGUCGAGGUCGCUAGCAUGCAAUGUACACCAAUUGGGGACACCUAACUUCAAUUACUUGUCUAACGGUCAAUAAAAUAAUCUAAUAAUCAAUAACACAGGAAAUGUAUGUCGAAGAUAUUAGCUAUAUAGUGUAGCUACUCUAAAAUUCGAAUUGAAAUAAAGGUUAUGUAUGUAUGUGUGUAUGUCCACACGUAAAAAAAUUAACAAAGGGAAGGCGCUGUCCUCUUCGAGCCGAACAGAAGCACUACCUUAGAGGUAAUGUAAGCAGCGCAAGUCUAAAGCAAUUACCCAAGAAACUCACUAGUGUCCGGAAUGACAAGCAUACUUGCUGUUUAAGCAAUUUAUUAAGAUUAAGAGGCGCGAUACUUGUAGGACCGAAAACAGAUGCGAGACAGUUAACCUUUUUAAUGGGAGGUAUACUCAAUGGGCGCCUUUGUGUUUUAUUGAAUGGUAUAUAAAAGGAUAAAGGUUUGGGCCUCGGGGAUGGCCUACGCUGUAAAGAACUUUGUUGAGUACCCCCCCCCCCCCCUUCCCGGUAUUUAGACACUUUGUCUUAAUAAAAGGCCUACCGCUUAGUAGAUCGAAAGCCAUGAGGAUUGCUUUGACUCUUUAGUGUGGAUUUCUUAAGAGAUCUAAGGGAAGGAAGGAAGGUCUUUUCGUGUGAAAAAAUAUGUUCGGUUUCAAUCGAUCCGGAUUCGUGUGGACGGAGCCCUUACGAAAACGACACAGCUUCAAACAUGGACAAAAGUCCCUGUGACAGUACUGCAGUAUCGUUAUUUUUCUGUCAUUUCUCGGUUCCCUCAUAAGACAGUGCAUCCUUUUCGAAAUUUUCUUGCAUUUCUCCCUCCCCCACUCUACACAAAGUUGAAACUCGGAAUAGAAUUCUGGAUACUCGCAUCCAACAUUGUUUGUGGGAUGAUGGGUUGGACCUGUGUGAAUUGGAAAGCGCCCUAGAAAUGCAAAAGUGUCGCAAGACUUUUGUCAAUGAUUGUAGAAUAUUCCUGUUUGCUGUACAGUAUUUUUACCUUGUCUAACAAAAUCUAAUUUUUUCAGAUUUCAAGUUUUCGACCCAAUUUGUAUCUACUCUGCUGGUUGCUUUUAUAGCUGUUUUUGAGGUAUGUUUAUUAUUUCGCAAAUUUGCGAAUAUGCUUUCUGAAGUUUCAUUGCAAGCUUUAAAGCAAGCAGAUACAUGUAGACGAGAUUAUUUACGCGGGGUUAUCCCGGCCUCUGCAUUCUCGUCGCAUUCCCGUAAUUUAAUAAUAUUAAUAAUUUAUAAAUUUACUAUAGCGCCUUUUAACAUAUAAAUGAUCAAAAGCGCUUUACAGUCAUACUAAUUAAAAUUUAUGAAAUGAAUCUGUGAUAGAUAAAACCGAUAAAAAAUAGAAAUGCUGAUAAAAAUACAAUGAAAUAAAAAUGAAACAAAAAAUCAAGUUAAAACUACGUAAAAGCUAAUUAGCAAUUAUUGGCGAGCAGAUCAAUUAUUUGCCGAAGCCGAAGGCUGAGGCAAAUAAUUGAUGUACGAGACACUGGCAAAUCACGAUAUUUUGUGAUAACCGAGUUCACUAAUUGUUUUAUCAUUCGAUCACCAUGUUUGUUUUUUAACGAAUAUCUUCGGGAAGCGAAGCGAUCUGCCUUUUUUCACGCAAGAACGUAUCACGCGUGGUUUCGUUUACGCAUGAGCAGAGUAUUAUUUGCAGCCAAACACAGUUGGACGACAUUGUCCAUGAGCAGACCAUUAUUUGGAGGCAGUUAUUUGCAGGUCAAGUGGUGGGCUUUCAGCCAAUGAAAAGGAAGAAAAAUUUGCAUCGAAUGAUAAAAUAAGUGAUAUGUUUUAACUUGUCUCUUAAAAGCGCACAGUGAUCCGAUAUCACGGACAAUUUUCCACUUUGAGAUUAGGGGGGAGGCUUUAGCAUCGACCAGUCACAAGUAAUAUAUAGAUUUAGCCAGGGCUAAAAGCGUAGCUUCCAUUAAUAAAUUUAUUUAAAUCAAACAGUAAACUCGUAAUCCACAAAUCAGUUAACUUAAGGGCACAUAUGUGACUUUUUUGGGAAAGCUAAGUGAUUUUAGAGUGAAAAGAAAAUCUUGCAUCGAAUCUAUAGCCGUAUAUACACCCAAAAAAUAGCAAUCGUCUUCGAUCACACUUAAGAGUCAUAAUGGCUCUUGAUAACAGUAGAUUAGGCCUGGAAAACGAAUUCUUGGAAAACAAAUCAGGCCGAAUUUUUUGCGUUCGACAAGUUUACUUAACAAAAUCUUGCCAACAACUCUGGGUGCGUGUAAACCAACAUUUCGUACCUUUUAUACAUCACAUCUGAGGUGAAACAGUAAUAUGAGGUGCUGUUUUUAUCAUACAGACCUCAGACAAAAUGGAGUAUUUCACAAUUUUUCAACACAAAUUGCACUCAUUCAAUAUUCAGAACCGUACAAAGCUCGCGUGGGCUUUUGGCAAAACCGUUCAAAAAAUUUCCAAAAUCACCUAUACGGCCAGCCGGUUCUCACUUUUAUUUAAUGGUUUUAUAAUGAUUUGUAAUCUGAAAAAGCGUUUGAUACUCGCGGCAUUUUGAGUACUCCUGCAAGCGAUGUUUAUGAACGACUGAAAACAAACGGCAAAGCGAUUAAAAUUGCAAGAGACUACUAACAAUUAAUAAAAGAAAUGUAAUUCGGUGAAACAUUUACAGAAAGAACAAUUUUCAUUCACGAAGACAAGUAUUAAAGCGUCUCUAAAAAUCCUGAGUCUUUAAGCUUAAGCUUAAAGCUUUUAGCCGGCUUCCUGGUGUUUACUGUUUUCAAAGAAGAACUCGAGGCAAGAAAAUCGCUCAAAGCUUUCUUUCUACGGCCAAAAUUAUAACUAAAUACUCUUCGGACCGUUUUUCUUUCAAUUUGCGGCUAAAAAUCGUAGUCUAUCGACUAAAAGCUUUUUAAAGUUCUGUAAGCUCAUAUAUACUAGAUCAGAUCAUUGUCUCAGAUCUUAAUACAAACGUGCAUAAAUUAGCCUCAUAAACUCCGCUCGACUUCAUGAAAUUAGAUAUAAAAAAACAUACAUACACUGUAUACAAUAAUUACUCAGGCUUACCAUUCGAGCUGCAGCUCCUGAAAGCUAUCAAGAAAGGCCAGAAUCGCUUGAGGGACUCUUCAACCCGCAUCCGGGAAGGUGAAAAACGAAAACGAUGUCAUCCGAAAUCGGAUUUCCAACUUUGACAAGCGGCGCAUUUCCCAACCAAAAAUUCAAUAAGCAAACCAGCCAUGAAUAAAAGAAGACUGUUGAUAGCAGCUGUAUUUCAUUUUAUGCAUCCAGUGGAAAAAUACAGUAAAAAAAUCACAAGUUGACAAAAAACUCGAUAUAAUUGCGUAAGUGUACGAUAUAAUUGCGCGACUUGCGACAUGCGAUUUCCCGCCAAAAAAUCUCUACUUUUCCCUACCCCAAGAGUCCAUGCGGACUACUUUCCACUACCCGGAAAGUCCGUUCGGACGGACGUACGCUGACGUCAUAACCAAAAUUUCUUGGAUGGAUAGUUUACCAAAUUAUCUUAGCUAUAGUGCUCCGCUCGCGCGCGCUUCGCGCGCGCAAGAAGCUCCGCUACAAAUAUUUCUGUCAAUCUAAUUAUUAUGCUUCAUUCUGUGAGGUUCUCGCUUCUCAGCCUGCGUUGUUGUAUCACGUAAUUAGCGAGCUUAAGCAACGACGACGGCGACGGCAACGAGAAAGGCAAAAAAGCGAUAGGUUUUGAUUGGCGAAACAAUAACUUUGCACGUGCACGCUUUAUUGCGCAUUUCUUUGCUGUCACUGCACGACAACAACGUUAAAUUCCCUAAUUUAAGUUUCCUUUUCUUUUUCAAACUUUGAUAAAGUCCUUUAGAAUUCAACUUCAAAAAACUUCCCCAAAAUUUGACGAAUUAAACGAGACGGAAUGAGCACGAUAAAAUUCAAAGCAAUGCGAAUUCACUUUUUUAGUGACGUUUUCGUAGCAGUCGCCGCACUUUUUGCUUUAACUUCUUAUUAAUUAAACUGACCACAUGUAAAGGGCUCAUCAGGAUUCUUUUUUAUCAAAAUUGUUUACCAAAGCACCAUUGUGUACACAGGGAACAAUUACCCGUUGCUGAUAUAUUAUCCUUUAUGUCUUACACUGACUUACAUUGUUAAGUCGAAUUGAAAUUGUUUCCUUCCAGGUUACUGUUGCAUGUAUAGGACUCCUGGAUCUUUUAAAGAAGAUUUCAAGGCCCUUGUGUAACAACGAUUUCUGUUUAGAGUUUUUGGGUGUUUUCUACGGUAGGUGUAAAAUACUAGAUGUAGAUAUUUAUUCUCAAGAAAAGUAUAAUUCUUCACAUCAUAAAAAGCCCAAUUUAAUACUUGUUUUAGCGUUUUACUGUCCAUUCAAAGUGAAUGUCCGAUGUCUCUUUUAAGAACUUGUUCUAAACGACAGAGAAGAGAAGUGCGACGGUUAGCAUAUUUAGAAACUUGCCAAGAAUCAGCCCUUUUUAUGGGAAGAAAUAGCACCGCCUUGCGGAGAGUGUAACCCACCUCGGCAGAAACCACCCUCCUCUACCCCGGUUGAAAAACUUCUGGAUCUCAGCAAUCCGCAGUCCUGCAAAUAUGGCAGAAAAAAAUUGGCAUGUGUUACUUUCGUGUGCAUGGUUGCACUCGGGAACAAAACGUUAGCCCAUACAUUUCUUCCAUCGUUCGAUAAUGCAAAUGGCCGCCUCUGUCAAGAAAGAUUCUUGAGAUCUAGAAAUUGUGCUACCAUAAGUGGGUGGGGGGGGGAGGUGUCUCCAAGGAAAUCUGUGGUACAGUUCGCCUGCCAGUAUGACGUCACGUCUCACGUCAGUGAGAAUGGCGAGCAAAGUGUUCAUCGAAGAGACGGAUAAAAAUUUCGAUUUUAUCACGGAAACACUGAGAUUUUAAGGUCCCUCUUGUCAUAGAAAACUAGACUUAAGUACUUUGUUGGAAAGAAACAUUCACUGGUGUAAUGAACUUUAAAGAUUCCUUUCUAUCUUCGAGCAAAUUUUACGGGCAAUCAUACCGACCGGCCACACUUUUGAGGGCCAGUGCACAGCAAGAUUGAGGAAUUUAGACACAGCAAUAGGACGUUCAUCAAAGGAUGUAUUAUACUUUACAUUCUGCGUAUUUUCAGCUUUUCAGAGCUAGUGGAACCCCAUAUCAAUCCUUGCAAAGUUUGCUUAGCUGUACCGUUUAAAGACUCGGAAAGCUAAAUGACAGGCCGGGUAUUUGUGAGCAUUCACCUGUAAUUCUGUAAUUAAAUCCCGAAAACCAAUAAAAGGGUUCGUUUAAUUAUUUUUUCUGGGCAAACCCAGUGCCCAGCUGCGCAAACAUAUGAGCUUUCCCUUACACUGGGAAAGGUAAUAGCCUUAUAGCUCUAUUUUAACCUUUGGGAUAUUUCUAAUUUUCAGGUAGCCUUCAAGCAGCCGGCAUUAUCUCUGCUUUAAUAUCCGUCAUAAGCCUCUUACACUUUAUAAAGUGCCAUCGGUAAGCUUUUUGUCUUUUAUGUUGUUAUUUUGGACAUCUACACGUACUAGUAGUUAAAUCUAUUGAGUAUUCUUACGGACAUGUCUUGUUUACGGAAACUGUGCUUUGUCUCUUUAUACAAUUCCUACUUUAAUAGAGUGGACGAUUUUGUAAUUAAGACAGAUUAAUGUCCCUUCAUAAUACCGUCCAUUAUUUCUCUACACAUAGAUAAACAGGUAAAAAGCUAAGUUAGUUGCCAUUUUCUAAGCCUUUAGAUGCCGUCCUUACCAGCGAGAUUUUUCUUACAAACAUGUGAAAAUUCAACUUUGUAAGCCGCCAUGCUGGAGAAAGCGUGUCGUCAUCCUGCUAACUUGAAAACGUCGGAAAGCUCAAAUUCAGUUGAAAUUUUCUUCUUUUUUGUGACCAGUGUAUGGUUUUAAUCUCACUCUUACCAACGCUGAUGAAUCGAAGUCUGAGUAAAUUCGUUUCGUUGUCUAUAUUUUUGCUCUCAGUUUUGGAAUUUUCUAAACUAAAUAACAAUUAUUCACCGAAGUGGAGGUGGCUAGUGAUGAUUAUUUACCGAGCCCGCGAAGCGGCGAGGUAAAUAGCCACCGACACUGAGGUGAAUAACUGUUUUAGGAUAUACUAAAAAAGUGAGAUAAUUGAGCACGAAAAUGAUGAUUUUUAACUCAUUUACUGUUGAACGUUUACAAUUUUGGCGCGCAAUGACCGAGCGGCCGCGGUCGUCGCUUUUUCUUGCCGACAAAUAAAACUUUUGAAGGCAUUUGUUUAGGUCUUGCGGGGAAAUUUCUUCAAAAGGAGUUGCGAAUUCUUUGUGUAUUUAAAAUCAUUCUGUAAAAGGACGAUUAAAUUUAGUUUUAAGUUUAUUUAUGAACAAGUCAACGAAAUAAAGUAACGCAAGACUUAAGCUUAAUUUGCAUUUGAAAACAAAAAACUUUUUCACCGAUUUUAUCGAUAAAUUCAAGUCAAAAAGACAAAGUUUUAUACCUGUUAAAAUUUCCAAACCGAACUUCAUCUCCUUCUUCGUGUAUUUCGGGAACAGCUUGCUUGAUUAGUUGUGAAAAUUCUUUGUUUCUCACGGCAGCAAACCGGGAAGGUAUUUUGCUCGCAACUUACGCAUCGCUCGCUCGGAGGAACUGGAGGUGAAUCAGUGAAUACUGCAGGAUUCACUGAUUGAGUAACCAAUCAGAGCGCGCGAAAAACACUAUCCACUGUUAACAAUUAUUCUUUGAAAUCGAGGUGAACAGUGGCCAAAUAUUUACCGACCCACUAUUCACUGAGAUUGAAUGAAUAAUUGUUUUAGUAUAUACACACGAAGUGAUCUCAACAAAAUCACAGAGGAAACCAUUAAAAAGUACGAUUUGAUUGACGGAUCAAAUCACGCGCAAGUUUAAAAAUAGAUCUUUGCAGAAUUUUCAAACAUGGCAAUUCACAAGUUUCAUCAUUUCGCAAACAACAGCGUAAUGGCUUAAAUGGAACCGCUAUAAGUUUGAACUGUUUCCUUACCUGAGAAGAAAAGUGGAGCUGUUUGGUUUUGUGUUGACUCGCCAAGUUUAUAGCCAAAAGGGUUUGUUGUGUCGUUCUUCGAAUGAAGUGCUGACAAAAAGGCGGCUCGGUUGCUCGAGGUAAGACGUCGCCUUCCUGUAUCAUUCUUUUUCCUGUUUACUUGAAACGUAGAAUUUCUGCAGACAUUUCCUGUUAUUUUUGUUUGUCAUGAAUAAACUUCGAUUUUUGAGCCAAAAUUUUCUUGUUAGAAAACGCUGAGUUCACGAAACGGCUUCUUCUACGCGAAUACACGGCAGUAGUAAACAAUCCAUCGAGCACAAAACUCAGCUACAGCAAAUUGAAAAACGCCGUAUUGAAUCCUUCCAAGUCUUUUCUUACCUUAAAAAAAGUCAGCCCUAGGAUUUUAUCGACUUUUAAAAGAUCGUUCUCUGAAAAAAUGGGAAAAACACCGAGCUCACACAUUAUCCACUGGCUAGGAGGUGAAUAUUGUUGAAUAGUCCGAGACAGCGAACCAAUCAGAUUGCUUAAAUCACCAAGAUCACUGAGUGUGUAUAUACUGAAAGGUUUUAAGUAAUGAUCCGGGUAAGGUGGAUAGCAAUUUCUUUUGUUAUGCGGCAACGGUGCUUUCCCCACAUAGGAAUGUUCUCAUUUUUACACAGAGAAUGCAUAAACCUACAUGAAGGCCGUUUACGCAAUAAAAUGCAUUUACACUCCACUUUGAAAGGGUGUUUUUUUGUGUUAAAAGAUUUUGACUAAUCACAAGAGUUGAAAACAAUAGCCAAGAAAAGUUUACAGUUUUACAUGUUCCCCACAUAGGAUUUCUUUUUUAUUCAAAC